CGGUGACCCGUGCUGCCCGAACAGGACGGGAUCGGGAAUAUGGUCAAGGCCUGGGCUGACGCCGCUACUUAGCGAAUGGGUGAGCGGGACCCGUACCGUGCCUGGGCCGUGGGGGAUACGGCAGGAACUAUAUGCAAAAUGUCUUCUCGAUGGAGCUGGGUGAUGAAUGCUUUAUAUAUUUCCCUGAGCGUUUGCUCUCUUGGAGUUUCAGGUGGACUUGUACAGUCAUGUGGUUACAUCAUCCCAGAGUCUCCAGUGUUGACCCUUGGCUCCAAUUUUACAGCAUUGUGCAUUCUCAAUGAGAGUUGUCUUGACUUUGGCAAUAUACAUGCCAAUCAGAUUAUUUGGAAAAUCAAAAAUUCUGUAGUGCCUAAAGAACAAUACCGUGUAAUAAACAGAACUGUUUCCAGUGUCACAUUUAGUGACACCUCUACUUUAACUACUCCUCUGACAUGCAACGUUUUAGCAGAUGGACAGAUUGAGCAGAAUAUCUAUGGAAUUGCAGUUACACUGGGCCUGCCCCCAGAGAAGCCUGAAAAUUUGAGUUGCAUUGUGCGUCAGAUGUCAAAAACUAAAUUUAUUAUGACUUGUACCUGGAAUCCUGGAAGGGAUACAUUCCUAGCCACUGAUUUCCGUUUAAAAUCUAAAUGGCCACUAGAAACCUUGCCUGACUGCGAACCACAAGGUGUAAAUAACUCUUGUGACAUUUCCAAUGUUCAGUUUUUUGUCAACCUGGAGGUCUGGGUGGAAGCUAACAAUGCCCUUGGGAAGGCUGAAUCUGAGCACAUUGAUUUUGAUCCUGUGGACAUUGUGAAACCUCUACCUCCACACAACUUAGCAGUCAAUUCAGGAGAACUACCCACUGUCUUGAAACUGUCAUGGGAGAACCAAAUUUCACUUGUUGAGAUGGAGCUGAAAUUUAAUAUUCGAUACAGGAUCAGUGACAGCCCAGACUGGAUGGAGGUUCCUCCUGAAGAUACAGCUUCACACAGAACUUCAUUCACUGUUCAGUCCCUUAAGCCUUAUACAAAGUAUGUGUUUUCACUUCGUUGUAUGAAGAAAGAUGGGUUGGGCUACUGGAGUGACUGGAGUAAAGAAAAGAGUGGGGUCACAUCUGAAGCUAAACCAUCUAAGGGACCACCUCUAUGGAGGAAGAUUGGCAUAUCUCACUCUCCAAACUCCUGGAUUGUGCAUCUGAUAUGGAAGGAAUUGAAUCGUUCUGAAGCCAAUGGAAUAAUCUUAAGAUACGAAGUGACUGUCAGAGCAAGACCACCUCUGUCACAUGCAUCUGAAAAAUACAGUGUUAAUAGCACAAACCUGACUUUAAAUUUAACAAAUGGAACAUAUGAUGUGACAGUAACUGCUCAUAACAGGAUUGGUGGAUCUCCCCCAUCGGUUUUGCUUAUUCCAGCAAGUAACUCAAAAGCUUCUGUGAAAGAUAUUAAAGCAUUUCCUAAAGAUGGCAAGCUCUGGGUAGAGUGGACGGCUCCUGACAAUAGCGUGGUUAAAUAUGUGAUUGAAUGGUGCAUGGUGUCCGACAGCUUGGCCUGCACCACAGAAUGGCAGCAGGAACUUGGUACUUCUCAAGGCACAUUUUUAAAAGGAGAUAUAAAGCCAUUCAAGUGUUAUUUGAUAACUGUUCAUCCAUUGUAUAAUAAUGGUCAAGGAAAUGGACAAUCUACAAAGGCAUAUCUUCAGCAAAGAAGGCCUGCAAAAGGACCCACUGUUCAGACAAAAAAAGUAGGAAAAGCUGAAGCCGUUUUAGUAUGGAAACCUCUUUCAGUGGAUGAGCAAAAUGGGUUUAUCAAAUAUUACACUAUAUUAUACAGAACUAUCAGUGGCAAUGAAACAGCUGUGAAAGUGGACCCUUCAAAAACAGAAUAUACCCUCUCCUCCUUAUCCAGUGACACUUUAUAUAUGGUGAAGAUGGAGGCACAUACAGAUGAAGGAGGCACAAGUGGUCCUGUAUUUACAUUUACUACACAAAAGUUUGGAAAAGGAGAAAUAGAAGCCAUAGUUGUACCUGUGUGUCUGGCAUUCUUGUUGUCCAUCCUUCUGGGAGUAUUGUUCUGCUUUAACAAACGGGACUUAAUUAAAAAGCAUAUCUGGCCUAAUGUUCCUGAUCCUUCCAAAAGUAAUAUUGCUCAGUGGUCCCCUCAAACUCCAACUAAGCAUAAUUUUAGUUCCAAAGAUCAGAUGUAUCCAGAAGGCAGCUUUACUGAUGUAAGCGUGGUUGAAAUAGAAGCAGAUGACAAGAAGUCCGUUUCAGAGCAGGAUCUAAAACCCUUCAACUUGCUUAAAAAGGAAAAAAAUACUUCAGAGGGGCACAGCAGUGGUAUUGGAGGAUCCUCAUGCAUGUCUUCUCCUAGGCAAAGUGUUUCCGACAGUGAUGAGAGUGAAUCUGCACAAAACACUUCAAGCACUGUACAGUAUUCAACUGUAGUACUCAAUGGCUACAGAGACCAAAUUCCUUCUGUUCAAGUCUUUUCAAGGUCUGAAUCCACCCAGCCGCUGCUAGAUUCAGAAGAGAAACCAGAAGAUAACCCAGGAGGAGGUGAAAGUGCAACUCCAAGGCAGCAGUAUUUCAAACAAAAUAGUAGUCAGGAUGAAACCAAUACAGAUGGGUCACAUUUUGAAAGAGCAAAGCAAGUUACUCCUCCAAUAAACGAGGAGGAUCUUGUUGGACUUGCACAACUACAGAUUUCAGGUCACAGUUCACAGCUGUGUGGCUCUGGGCCAGAGAAAAAUAAACCUGAAUCUGCUUUGGCAGAUGCGUUCAGCCCAAGUACUGAGGGACAGAUUCUGAGACUGGAAACGAUGGGGAUAAACACAGCAACAGUUGAUGAGAUACCAAAAAGUUACAUGCCACAGACUGUAAGGCAAGGGGGCUAUAUCCCCCAGUGA